UGUGUGACUGGAGGUCAGAUAUAGACUGUGAUGUCCCAACUCCUGACACAAUUUAACUGCAUCGUCAUCAUCAGAUUUAUUAAGAAGUGUCAUAGGGAGCAGCAGGCAGCACCAAAGCUAAUACGAUCUGAAAAUACCAGGGGAUAUACAGUAGAGACAAAGUGAGAGAAACAAAACUGCAAAUCUGCUGCUAAAACUGUAAUAUGAACACAGAAGAGUUUCAGCGAUUAGGUUUUGUCCCUCAGAAAGAGAUCGUCUACAACAAACUCUUACCUUAUUCGGACAAAUUAGACGAGGAAUCCAAUGUAAUUUUAGUCAAAAUUAAAGCUAACCUGGGCCGGGCUGUCCAGCUCAGGGAGUUAUGGCCCGGGGUAUUGUUCUGGACCAGGAAACUUUCGACGUACAUUCGACUGUAUGGAAGAAAGUUCAGCAAAGAGGAUCAUGUACUGUUCAUUAAGUUGUUGUAUGAGUUAGUGACCAUUCCUGAACUGGAGAUUAGCAUGAUGCAAGGAUUUGCACGUCUGUUGGUCAGUUUGCUGAAGAAAAAAGAACUCCUUUCAAGAGAAGAUUUGGAAUUGCCGUGGUGGCCCUUGUAUGAAUUGUUGGAUAGAAUCCUCUACUCCAAGACAGAACACCUUGGGCUCAAUUGGUUUCCUAAUUCCAUUGGGCCAGAUUCAUCUUCCUCUAAAACCUUUAUGCUAAAUAUUUUGCAUAGGUGCUCUGUUGAAAACAUUUUGAAAACCCUUGUCAAAAGUUGUAGACCGUAUUUCCCAGAAGAUGCUACAAAGGAGAUGCUGCAAGAGUGGCGGCCUUUGCUGUGUCCUUUUGACGUCACCAUGCAGAAAGCCAUCAGCUAUUUUGAACUAUUCCUGCCCACCACCUUGCCACCCGAGCUUCACCAGAAAGGAUUUAAGCUGUGGUUUGAUGAGCUAAUUGGACUUUGGGUCUCUGUUCAAAACCUUCCUGGGUGGGAGGGGCAUCUGGUAAACCUGUUUGCACGUUUGGCCAGUGAUAACAUUGGGUACGUAGAUUGGGAUCCCUAUGUUGAUAAGAUAUUUACCCGGAUUCUCAGAAGCUUGAACCUUCCUGUAGGAAGCAGCCAAGUUUUAGUUCCAAGAUACUUGACCAAUGCCUAUGAUAUAGGCCACAUAGUACUGUGGGUCUCAUCAAUGCUGGGUGGACCAAGCAAGCAAACCCAAAAACAGCUAAGUGGCUUGUUCAACAGUAUUACUUCCUUCUUUCAUCCUUCUAACAAUGGCAGGUGGCUGAUGAAGCUGAUGAAACUUGUGCAGCGCUUGCCGGCCAGUGUGGUAAGAAGACUACACCGAGAGCGAUAUAAGAAGCAGACGUGGCUAACGCCAGUCCCUGACAGCCACAAGCUCACUGACCAGGACAUUACAGACUUUGUGGAGAGCAUGAAGCAGCCUGUGCUGCUGGCGAUGUUCAGUAAAACGGGCAGCUUGGAUGCAGCCCAGGCUUUGCAGAACCUGGCACUGAUGAGACCUGAGCUUGUCAUCCCACCCUUACUAGAAAAAACCUAUCCUGCAAUGGAGACUCUAACGGAACCUCACCAGCUCACAGCCACCCUGAGCUGUGUGAUCGGAGUGGCUCGCAGCCUGGUUUCUGGAGACAAGAGGUUUCCUGAAGGCCCAAAGCACAUGCUGCCGUUGCUGAUGAGAGCACUGCCUGGUGUGGAUCCAAAUGACUUCAGCAAGUGCAUGAUAACAUUCCAGUUCAUUGCAACAUUUUCUACUCUUGUGCCUUUGGUAGACUGUUCAUCAGCUGUUCAUGAAAGAGAUGACCUCACAGAAGUGGAGCGGGAGCUGUGCUCAGUCAGUGCGGAGUUUGAAGACUUUGUCCUACAGUUUAUGGACAGGUGUUUUGCCCUUAUUGAAAGCAGUACACUUGAACAGACGAGAGAGGAGACAGAAACUGAAAAGAUGACUCACCUGGAGAGCCUAGUGGAGCUGGGACUGUCUUCCACCUUCAGCACCAUCCUUACGCAGUGCUCCAAAGACAUCUUCAAGGUGGCCCUUGAAAAGGUCUUUAACUUUGCCACUACAAACAUCUUUGAGACUCGGGUUGCUGGAAAAAUGGUGGCUGACAUGUGCAGAGCCGCUACUAAGUGUCAUCCAGCAGAGUCUUUGAAGCUUUUUGUGCCACACUGUUGCAAUGCAAUAACUCAGCUCACAGUCAAUGAGGAUGUUUUGCGUGAAGAGGAGCUGGACAAGGCGCUGCUGUGGAACCUUCAGCUUUUGUCUGAGAUCACCCGUGUUGAUGGUGAUAAGUUGUUGCCAUACAGGGAGCAGUGUGUGAAGAUUCUCCAACGGACACUCCACUUGAAGUUUAAACAAGGCUACAUGCUUUCCUGUAACCUGCUGCACCAUCUGCUUCGAUCUUCCUCUCUCAUCUACCCCACUGAGUACUGCAGUGUCCCUGGUGGCUUCAACAAGCCUCUCUCUGAGUACUUUCCCAUCAAGGACUGGGGUAAACCAGGUAAUCUAUGGAACUUAAACAUCCACUGGCACGUUCCAACAUCAGAGGAGAAGGCCUUUGUAUUUUAUAUACUAGAUAUUAUCCUCCAACCAGAGCUGGUCAAACUGCAGCGCCAUGCAAGUGGAGAACUGGAAAUGCCAAGGGAUGACAUACUGCAGAGCCUUACGAUUGUGCAUCACUGUCUGAUGGGCUCUGGGAGCUUCCUGCCUUUCCUGGAUGGAGAAAGAAUAACUGACCUUGUACCAAGCUUGGUGAGUUUGGAGGAGACAGCACUUUAUACUGGCGUUGACUAUGACAUGUCACGGGAGAACUACAGAGACGCUAUUUGCAGUGUUAUGAGGAAACUCUUGCAUCACAUUCUGGAAAAUUCAGAGGAUGACACAAAGUCAUUGUUUUUGAUCAUUAAGAUUAUUGGUGACUUGUUACAGUUCAGAGGAUCUUACAAGCAUGAGUUUGACUCCCGGUGGAAAAGCUUCAACCUUGUCAAGAAGUCCAUGGAGAAUCGGCUGACUGGUAGGAAGCAACACAUCCGAGCAUUACUCAUUGACAGAGUUAUGCUACAGCAAGAGCUGAGGAAACUGACCGUUGAAGGGUGUGAAUACAAGACUAUUCAUAGAGACCUUUUAAGGGACCUCCUACGUUUGUCAACCAGUACAUACAGUCAGGUUAGGAGCAAGGCCCAACAAGUUUUCUUCAUAACCCUCGGAAGUUACAACUUCUGCUGCAGGGACCUGAUUCCACUGGUGCUGGAGUUCCUAAAACCAGACAGACAGGACAUCUCCCAGCAACAGUUUAAAGGUGCCUUGUACUGUCUCCUGGGGAAUCACAAUGGAGUUUGCCUGGCUAAUCUCCAUGACUGGGACUGCAUUGUACAGACCUGGCCGGCUAUCAUCUCAUCUGGACUCAGCAAGGCUAUGUCUUUAGAGAAGCCUUCCAUCGUCCGUCUGUUUGAUGAUCUUGCAGACAAGAUCCACCGACAGUACGAAACCAUAGGAUUGGACUUCAGUGUACCUGAUAGUAGUUUGGAGAUAGCUCAGCAGAUUAUGAAGUCAAAAAACCCAACUAUAAAUCUCCCACUGCCCACUUCAGAAGAGAUUGAGAAAGGUGUUCAGCUCCAGCAGGCAAAAAACAUUGACUCUGUGCAAAAGUAUGAAAAAUUGGUCAAUAACUUGUUGGACUCCCUCAGUCAGAGAAAUCUUCCCUGGAAGUUUGAGCAUAUUGCCAUUGGCUUUCUUUCCCUGCUGUUGAGGGAUGAUAAGCCCGUCCCUGUCCCAGCAAUCCGGUUCUUUGUCCAGAGUCUGAACCACGAUGCACUCAUUGUUCGAAAGAUGGCAAUCUCAGCUGUUGCUGGUAUUCUGAAACAGCUGAAGAGACCUCACAAAAAAGUGGAAGAGAAUCCUUAUGAAAUUGGUGGAUGCAGUGAACAUUCUGAAAUCUUGGUGGGAGACAGGCCCGAUAAUCAAUGGAUGCUUUAUGAUAGUGGCAGUUUGCCAAGAACGAAAGCAGCCUGGGAGGCGUGUACCUUUGUGGAGAAAACACACUGGGGAUAUUACAGCUGGCCUCAAAAACUAACUCUUUAUGCCCCUGUGGAGGAACAACCAAAACUUGGUCUAAAGAGGGAAGAUAUGACGGAGAUGGAUCAGGUCAUCUUCGAUCACUUUUCUGAUCCCAAAUUUAUAGAGCAAUUGAUAAAGUUCCUUUCACUGGAAGACAGAAAAGGAAAGGAUAAGUUCAAUCCCCGGAGAUUCUGCCUCUUUAAGGGUUUGUUCAGAAACUUUGACGAUGCCUUUUUGCCUGUGCUGAGGCCCCACUUGGAGCGUUUAGUUGCAGAUUCCCAUGAGAGCACCCAGCGCUGUGUGGCUGAAAUCGUCGCCGGGCUCAUCAGAGGCAGCAAACACUGGACUUUUGAAAAGGUGGAGAAGCUGUGGGAGUUUCUGUGUCCGUUGAUUCGAACGGCUUUGACGAACAUCACAGUGGAGACUUACAGUGACUGGGGAACGUGCAUUGCCACAGCCUGUGAGAGCAGAGACCCUCGGAAACUGCACUGGCUGUUUGAGAUGCUAAUGGAGUCCCCAGUAAACGGCGAAGGGGGUUCUUUUGUAGACGCCUGCCGGCUGUAUGUUCUGCAAGGAGGUCUUGCCCAGCAGCAAUGGAGAGUCCCUGAGCUUCUUCAUAGACUGCUUCAGUACCUGGAGCCCAAGCUCACGCAGGUCUAUAAAAAUGUGCGGGAGAGGAUAGGAAGUGUUCUAACCUACAUCUUCAUGAUCGAUGUGAGUCUACCCAACUCGCUGCAGAGCUCCUCCCCACGGAUCUCCGACUUCACAGCCCGCAUCCUGGUAAGGCUGAAGCCCCUGAUGGACGUGGACGAGGAGAUCCAGAACCACAUUGUGGAGGAGAACGGAUACGGGGAGCAAGACGAAAGAACCCAGGCCAUUAAACUGUUGAAGACAGUUUUAAAGUGGCUGAUGGCGAGCGCAGGAAGGUCCUUCUCCACGGCUGUUCCAGAGCAGCUCCAGCUCCUCCCUCUGCUUUUUAAGAUUGCACCAGUAGAGAAUGAUGACAAUUACGAUGAGAUGAAGAGAGAUGCAAAGACUUGCUUGUCCCUUAUGUCUCAGGGAUUGCUGUAUCCACAGCAAAUAAUGUUGGUGUUACCAGUUCUUAAAGAGACAGCAGGGAGUGCUUCUUGGCAUGCCCGAUACACAGUGCUGACCUAUCUCCAAACAAUGGUGUUUUACAACCUCUUUACCUUUUUGAACAACAAAGAGGCCGUGCACGACGUGCAGUGGCUGGUGCUCAAACUCCUGGAAGAUGAACAACUUGAGGAGUUUGCAGAGGCUGUAAGGAUAUAGCAGAGGAAGCAGAAAGGAGCUUGUUGGUGCGACAGAGGCGGGCAGAAAGAGCCAGACUUGAAGUUAGGAUAGGAAGAGAUCCCUGACCGAUGAGCUGCCUUUAUGUACGACUGGGCUUGGUUGAAGGCUGAAGUCCGAGGAUCUGAAAACACAUAAAAGGGCUCUGACUCCAAGGAAGGGUCUGAUGAGUUGGGACCUGAAAGGAGAGUUAGAAAAGGGGUUCCCUGACUGCUCUCUGACGAGGUGAGGCACAGUCCUCUAAAGCCGGGAGCAGAGAUGAUUGACGGCUCUACUAUGGAGGUGGGUGUGGAGGGAGCAGAGGCUGCAAUGGCGUCUGCAAGGAGACGAGAGAGUGUCGUGAUUGUGAUUCUGUUAUCGAAUGACCAGGAGGGGAGAGAUUCUACUGCUGCUUUAGCACUGAACUGGAGAAAACCUUUACCAAAAUAACUUUCAAAGUCCUGAUGAUGUACUAAUAGCGCUGGAAGUGCGUCAAAGGAAGAUUCAUUUAGAUCUGACUGUGUAGAACUGGGGAGGGACGUCUGCUUGUAGUUUGCAGAACCCGCCUUUCCUCUUCGCCUGCAAACAAAGAUUCACAGUAGAGGCAAGGCAAUUGCUGCCGACAGGAAUGUUAAUGCCUUGUCGAACAGAGCUUUUAAAAAUUUGGUGGAGGGCCUAUCAUUAUAAUGGAGACGUAGCGGAGGAUGAGUAAUGGAGUGGCGCUUUGAACAGCACAGCUGGAGAUUGGAUAGUUGCACUUGCAGGCUUAACUGGCGAUGAAAGAAAGAAAAUCUCAAGGAUGAGAAGAAUCUUUAGAGCGGGCAGGAAAAUUUGCUCUGUCAUCUGAAUCGAACAAGAAGGCGAAGUUUAGACAUUAGUAAAGAGAGAAAGCUUAAGCACGCUUUGACUGAGUGAGCGUUUGCUGCACACAGGGAAGAUGCGUAAGAUUGUGGCUUUAAUAGACAUUAAUUAGGCAGCCCCAUUUCCCGCCCCCUGAAUCUCGCUAAAGGCUAACAUAAACCAGGUUGUUUAGUGUUUUGUUUCGGCAUCCAUGGAGGGUGCUUGUGGAUAUUACAUGACAUAUCUCUGGUUAUACAGUCCAGAUAAGACCAAGCAGGUCUGCUGCAGUCUACACUCCCUGAAUCCGUACAGCCUCCCCUCACUGAGGUUUCUGCUGAUCUUGCGGUUUCCAUGGAAACUUCUCUGCUAGUGGAGUCAUUUUGUUUUCUUCACGAAGGCAGGGAGACCUAAGCCACAGGGAUGUUGUGUUUUUGUUUUUUUUUGUUUUGUUUUUUAAGGGGGGGUGGGUCAUGAAGUCAGGGCUGUUAUGCCUCUCGGCAGCAUAACAAGAAUGAAAAACAUUCAUUCUGCUAAUUCCUCUUUUAAAUAAUAGAAUCUAAAUAAUAUAUUUUGUUAUAGUUUGUAUACUUUGGGUGAGACUAAAUCUGAUGUUUUCCCAUUGAAAACCUGUCCCACAGGGUUCUGUUUUGGGACCAGUUUUCUUUAGUAUUUAUUUACUGUCUCUUGUAUUCAAUUCCAUUGUUAUGCGGAUGACAGUCAACUGUAUGUUAAAACUACCCCAGAUAUUACUGUGGCUGACUCUCUAUUGGAUAGUUGUCUAGCUGACCUCAAGACUCGGUUGCAGCAGAAAAAUUGACAUCCUAAUUGCAGCAAAACCUGAGGUAAUGUUGUUGGUGGGUUAGCCACUUCAGAGCUGAACAGCAGCUGAUUUAGCCUUGAAAUUGAUGGACAUGAGAGGAGUCCCACUUCAUCAGUUACCAAUGUUAUCAUUUGAGGAUCAUAUUAAGAAUAUCUGCCAAGUGCCUUUCUUCCAUCUUAGGAACAUUGGUAUACUUAGAUCCUGAUUGUAUGUAACUGAUGCAGAAAACCUUGCCCAUGCCUUUAUUUAAUCAAGAUUGGAUUACUGUAAAGUUCUUUUUGCAGGCAUCUCCUCUAAGGUUAUCAACAGGUUACAAUGUGUGACUCGGUUGAUGAUUUUAAAUCUAAUCUUAAAACUUACUACUUUCGAUUGGCUUUCUGUAAAUGAUUUAUUGUUCUUACUGUUUGUCUAUUGAAAUGUCUGUUUUUAUGCUGCUUUUUGAUUAAAUGAAAAGCGCUAUAUAAAUAAAAUGUAUUAUAUUUUACCACCUUACAAAUUAAUUAUUCCAAUAAGAAUACAGCAACCAGAUAUUUUAACUUGUAAAAAAAACAUUUAGGAGAACAGAAUUUGUCAUUGUCUACUUUUACUUUACCCUGCUUAAUAAAUAUACCAUUAAAUCAAAACGAAUGAAACUCAGUGUCUGAAGAAUGUGU